AUGGCGAUGAACUUCGUAACCUUCAACCAGAACUACGGCUGUCUCGCCGUCGGGACCUCUCGAGGCUUUCGCAUAUAUCACACAGAUCCGUUCUCCAAGAUAUUUAGCAGCGAUGAGGGGAAUGUCGCCAUUAUCGAGAUGCUGUUCUCGACGUCGUUGGUCGCCCUCAUUCUUUCUCCAAGGCACCUAGUUAUUCAAAACACCAAGAAAUCUUCGAUCAUUUGUGAGUUGACUUUUCCAUCUGCUGUUCUUGCAGUCAGAUUGAAUCGGCAAAGGCUUGCCGUGGUGCUAGAGGAGGAGAUAUAUCUUUACGACAUUUCCAACAUGACGUUGUUGUAUACGAUAGCCACGUCCCCCAACCCAAACGCGAUAUGUGCCCUUGCGCCGUCAUCCGAGAAUUGUUUCAUUGCAUAUCCUUUACCGAAGCCAAGAGAAGACAAUGGCGACAAACGCCCACCGCAUGCGCCGCCCCUUUCUACGUAUGUCGCUCCUACCUCUGGACAUGUCAUGAUUUUCGAUGCUUUGGAGUUGAAAGCAAUAAAUGUGGUAGAAGCUCACCGGGCGCCAUUGUCGUGCAUAUCACUGAACGAUGAUGGAACUCUCCUCGCUACCGCAUCCGAGACUGGAACUAUCAUCAGGGUCUUCGCUCUCCCACAAGGGACCAAACUGUACCAGUUUCGCCGCGGUACAUAUCCCUCUACCAUCUAUAGCAUGUCCUUCAACUUGAGCUCAACACUGCUUUGUGUCUCUUCCACCACUGAUACCGUACACAUCUUCCGACUUGGGGGGCCCGCUACUAUGCGGCCUGACUCGCCGAGAACUGGAAAUGAACGCUGGACGCGAGCUCGUUCCCAAAGUUAUGACAGCACCAUAGAACCUGGGACGUCACGAAACGACGGAGAGGGACCUCAUGCCCCAGAAAUUACUCGAAAGCCUAGCGGUACAUUUGGCAGCAUGUUGCGAAGGUCUUCGCAGAUGAUGGGGAAGAGUGUCGCUGGAGUAGUUGGAGGCUACCUACCCCAAGCUGUUACCGAGAUGUGGGAGCCCAUGAGGGAUUUUGCUUUCAUCAAGAUACCCAAAAAUGGCACGGGGUUGAACUCUACCGGCGGCCCAUUGCGGAGUGUUGUCGCCAUGAACAACAAUAGUCCACAGGUGAUGCUAGUAACCAGUGACGGCGGAUUUUACGUGUUUAACAUCGAUAUGGAGCAUGGAGGUGAGGGUGUGUUGGUGAAACAGUACUCUGUUUUGCACGGAGAUGAUAGGCUCGAUCAUUCAACGGCGGAUUACACAUCCUAA